AUGGAACACAUUGUCCUUCUCCAGUUCAAGCCUGAAGUGACGCCGGAGGCCAUCACUGCUCUCGGCAACUCCAUCUUGGCGCUCAAGGAGGUCGUCCCCGGCAUCAUCGACAUGGCCUUUGGCGAAGACCUCAAG